UACAAUAUGCUUUGCCUAAGAGCUAUUCGUCCAUUCUCCUGGAGAGUGUUUCACUUUCGACCCUUUAGUUUUGAGCCAUUAAUUAGUCAGAUGAAUAACUGUACAGAUGAAGAGCAAAUAUUCGGUCUUAUUGAAAAAAACAAAUCCCUACUUUCAGAAAAGCAAGUGGGAUGUGCACUCAGUAUGCUUUGGCAGUUUCAAAAGCAGAAGACCAGCUCAGUAAAAAAUGCGGACUGUGUCAGAAACCAUCCCCAAUUUCUUACUCUUUGUAAUUUAGCUACAGCUAAAAUGGGAUUCAUGAGUGACAGUACCUUGGUAAAUGUGUUAUACAUCAUACAACAGUUUGGUAUUGAGGCCCAUGACUCACUAGUUGAAGCACUUGUUACAGAAGCAUGGAGAAGAUUGGAAAGGUUUGAUAUUAGUGUGCUGUCAAAAUUUUCCUCUUGCCUGGCAGAUCAACAUUUACAUUAUAGUCCAUUAAUGGGAAAAAUAGCUGAUAUUGUAAAUAGGAACUUGGAAAACAUACAGGAUUUAAGGUCCUUGUCUGUUUUGAUGGUCAGCAUAUCUUCUUUAAUAUCACAGCGUUUUCAAGAGAAAUUAGUGAACAAAGCAGAAUUACUUUUUGACACUAUGGAUUCUUCCCAGGUCAACACUGCAAGAAGAAUAGUACAGUUUCUUCGAAAUAUUAGAUAUAGAUAUUACCCACUAUUAGAAAGGUGUAAUAAAGUAUUUUUGAGCAAUAUGAACCAUCUUGAUUUGGAUUCCAUCAGUAAAAUACUUAGUCUAUACUACUCUCUACAGUUUCAUAGUUUUGAAUUUAUUUUAAUGACUAAGGAGAGGCUAACAGAAAUGAUUCCUCUGUUUGACCACCCUGCUAGCUGUGUAAAAUUGUUUGUAGCAUUGGGACCCAUGGCAGGACCUGAAGAAAAGAAACAACUUAAAUCAACUAUAUUAUUGAUGUCAGAGGAGCUGACUGGCCAGCAGGCCCUGGCAGUGAUGGGAGCAAUGGAAGAGAUGGAAAGCAGAAAUUCACGUCUGAUUAAAAAGAUUACUUCAAUUCUGCAUAAACAUUUGGAUAACUAUAAACCAGUAGAGUUGUUGAGAAUAACUCAAGCGUUGAUUUUUCUACAUUUUCAAAGUAAAGAGCUUUUUGUGAGACUCAGAGAAUUACUACUUAGUUAUUUGAAGGUCAGUGUCAUACCUAGUGAGAUUUCCAUCCUGGUCUAUGCUCUUUCGAUGCUUCCUUCUGCUCACCUGGACGAAGUGAGGAUGUCUCAGAUUGAAGCAGUUUUGCCACAGUGUGACCUACAUGACCUGAAUAUUUUUGCAGCAUCUGUUUUAAGAUGUAUUCAGUAUGAUCACAUGUAUCUGGAUAAUAUUCCUGGGAAACAGUUGAAAGUACUUCAAAAAUUAGAUCACUAUGGUCAUCAGAGACUACAAGAAUGUAAAAGUUUGAAUCUGUUAUGGGAAGAAGUUAAAUCUUUAAAAGGAGACUGGUUUGCUGAUUCACUUCUUGAAGAAACAGUUGUUACCUUACAGCGUUUGAUGGAUGAAAUCAAUUACAUCAAUGUUGCAGGGAUUGCAUCUUUCAUUUCUAGAACCAACUACCUCAGUACUUCACUACUUGAUAAGAUAGCCUCAGUGGUCCUUCAACAGAUUGAAAAGAUUCAUCCUUUUGCAAUUCUUGCUAUUAUUCUUCCAUUCAGCACCCUGAACUAUGAUCCACCUCAAUGGGAUGAAUUUUUUGGAACUUGCAUUCAACACCUUAAUUCUUACUUAAGUGUAUUGGAUCCUCUCGUGUUAGUGUUUCUUGGUUACUCUUUGGCCACGCUUCAGUAUUUUCCAGAAGAUCUAUUGAAGGCAAUUUUUAACAUCAAAUUCUUAGCCAGAUUAGAUUCUCAACUUGAGCUUAUAUGUUCAUCUCUAAACAUGAAGGUCCAAUUUCGUCUUAUGGAAUUAAAUAGAGCAGUCUGCUUGGAAUGUCCUGAAUAUCAGAUUCCGUGGUUUCAUGACCGCUUCUGUCAACAACACUAUAAUAAAGAUUUUGGCAGCAUGAAUGGAGCACAACAGCAGAUUUAUAAAAUGUUAGCAGAGGUACUGGGAGGAAUCAAUUUUGUGAAAGCCUCUGUUCUUACACCUUAUUACUACACAAUAGACUUUGAGUGUAUCUUGGAUAAAAGGAGAAACCCUAUUCCUUAUGGAAGCCAUAAUACAACUUUGGAAAAACUGCCAAAAAUACAUUUGGAAUCAAAUACUCAAAUAGCUGGAUCAAGACUGCCACCAGGAGCUGAAAAGAUUGCUUUGGAAUUUUUGGAUUCAAGAGCAUUUUGUAGAAACAUCCCUCAUUUAAAAGGAAAAUCUGCUAUGAAAAAACGACAUUUGGAAAUUUUGGGCUAUCAUGUGAUUCAGAUCCCUCAUUUCGAAUGGAACUCCAUGGCACUGUCAACAAGGGAUGCUCGAAUGGACUACCUGAGAGAACGGAUAUUUGGAGAAGGCAAAUCAUGA